ACCGUCAAUCAAAAUAGAAAAAAAAAUCGACCAGAAUUCACCGAUCAACACUAGCCCGCCUUUGAUAAAAUAAUCAUGUUCGGAGUUUAGUUGAUCAGAUGAUCUUCCGAUUACUACCAUUCACGCUAUGACUGGUACGUAAACACUUAGCGCAUCGACGCGUACAAGUAAAUCGCGCCGGAGCAGCCUUUCAAACAAGGAGAAAUGGCGUCCGCGGACGUGGACAGCAGUCAAAGCGAGUUUCUGCAGCACGGCGGCGGAGCGGAAACACAGACGACGGAUAUGUCAGCCAUUCAGCUCACGGGUUCGGACCGGUGGGAGGUGUUAACUCCGGUCUCGGCUGUGAAGGAGGACCAGGGAGUCGUUCACAUUCCAAAUUCGGGGAUUGUCACGUCGAACGGGCAGUAUGUGCUUCCGCUUGGGAGUAUUCCCAACCAGCCCAUUUAUGUUACAGCGUCUGGGAAUGAGGCCUCGGCGAAUGGAGUGUCUGGCAUUCAGUAUCAGGUCAUCCCGCAGAUCCAAAAUGCAGAUGGGACGCUUGCAGGAUUCCCAGCACAGGGAUUGGAUGACGGCACGGGGCAAAUCCAGCUCAUCCCCGACGGCAGCCAGGGCAGCCUGGGAAUCAGCGGCGCCACGACAACGACCACAGACCUCCUGACGCAGGCGGGGCAGGUGCAGCCGAUCCAGGGCGUGUCGCUGGCCGGGGGGGCGGCGUACACCGGCACGGUACCCGUAGGGCUGCCCAGCAACAUAACCUUCGUCCCCAUAAACAGCGUGGACCUGGAGUCGCUAGGGCUGGCGGGCGCUCAGACAGUCCCCAUAGCGACCGGCGUCACCGCGGAGGGCCAGCUGAUCAUGGGCGGCCAGGCGCUGGAGAGCCAGGGUCAGGAGGCCGCAGCCAAACAGCCGCUGGUCACGGUGAGCGACGCCAGCGCCAACCCGGAGCUCUUCGUGCCAACCACAACGACGUCCUCCUCCAGCGCCUCCCAGCUGCCCGAGACCAUCGACGGCACCGGCGUCCUGACCCAGGCCACCGCCGUGUCCGCAGGCGUGUCCGACCCCUCCUCCUCAGAGAACUUCAACUCCCACAACCACCUGCAGCAGAUCCAGGUGUCAACUUCAAACGCCACCACUAUCUCCCAGCCCAUCCUGCAGCUGUCAGGGGACAGCCAGGCCCAGGUGGCCCCGGUGGCCCAGGGCCAGGACCUGGCCGCGGCAGCAGGCCAGACGCUGCAGAGCGUGCAGCUGGUCAACCCGGGCACCUUCCUCAUCCAGGCCCAAACUGUCACUGCCACUGGACAGAUCCAGUGGCAGACCUUCCAGGUUCAGGGCGUCCAGUCUCUGCAGGGUCUCCAGCUGCCCCAGGGCCAGUGUCAGACCCAGCAGCUAACCUUAGCCCCAGUCCAAACCCUCCCUCUGGGUCAGGCGGGUCAGGUCAGCCUACCCAACCUCCAGACGGUCACAGUCAACUCGGUAGCGCAGGCCGGGGUGCAUUACACACAGGGCGAGGACGCGAGUAGUCCAGCUGAUAUCCAUAUAAAGGAAGAGCCAGACUCUGAGGAGUGGCAGCUGAGCGGAGACUCCACGCUGAACCCCAGCGACCUGAACAACCUGCGCGUCCAGCUGGGAGACGAGGACAUGGAGACGCCCGGCGGGGAGGGCAAGAGGCUCCGCAGAGUGGCCUGCACCUGCCCCAACUGCAAGGAGUCCGGAGGAAGAGGUUCGGGCAUGGGGAAGAAGAAGCAGCAUAUCUGCCACAUUCCUGGCUGCGGGAAGGUGUAUGGCAAGACGUCCCACCUGCGAGCCCACCUGCGCUGGCACAGCGGGGAGAGACCCUUCGUCUGCAACUGGAUGUUCUGCGGCAAGAGGUUCACCAGGAGCGACGAGCUUCAGAGACACAGGAGGACACACACAGGAGAGAAGAAGUUUGUGUGCACAGAGUGCUCCAAGAGGUUCAUGCGGAGCGACCACCUGGCCAAGCACAUAAAGACUCACCAGAAUAAAAAAGGUGGGGGCGUGUCCUCCUCCUCCUCCCCGCCCCCCAGCGACGCCAUCAUCACCUCCGACGGAACCACACUCAUCCUCCAGACAGCCACCACCCACGACCUCGUAGCCAAUCAGGAGAUCCCUUUGCAGCUUGUCACCGUGGCGCCCGGUGAGGUCAUGGAAUAAGAGGCGGGGAGGGGCGGCUAAUUACAAACUGGCCUAUCACAGGGACCUCUUGGGCUUUACUCUCCCACCCCCU